AUGGUUCGAUACGCUGCCACCGAGAUCCAGUCCUCGAAGUCGGCCCGCGCCCGCGGUGCCUACCUCCGAGUGUCUUUCAAGAACACUCGCGAGACCGCCCAGGCCAUCAACGGCUGGAAGCUUCAGCGCGCUGUUACCUUCCUCGAGAACGUCAAGGAGCACAAGGAGGCCGUCCCCAUGCGACGAUAUGCCGGCAGCACUGGCCGCACCGCCCAAGGCAAGCAGUUCGGUGUCUCCAAGGCUCGAUGGCCCGUCAAGUCCGCCGAGUUCCUCCUCGGUCUCCUCAAGAACGCUGAGGCCAACGCUGAUGCCAAGGGUCUCGACACCGGUGCCCUGAUUGUCAAGCACAUCCAGGUCAACCAGGCCCCCAAGCAGCGACGAAGGACAUACCGUGCCCACGGUCGUAUCAACCCCUACAUGUCCAACCCCUGCCACAUCGAGCUCAUCCUGACCGAGGGUGAGGAGGUUGUCCAGAAGUCCGAUGCUGUUGUCGAGCGCGAGCACCUCAACUCGCGCCAGCGCGGUGCCCGUCUCCGCAAGGCUAUCGCCGCCGCUUAA